GUAAACAAACUCGCGCGGGAAAUCAGUCAACGGCGGGAGCAAGGGGCGGGAGGGUCCCAGAGGGGUAUACAGGCAUUUUGUUGUAGCUCAUAGUUUUCUGAGCUGGUUUCCUGUAGUUAACGUUCUUAAAUUUUCGAUCUGUCCUGUCAGAGGCAGUCAACUUUGGUUGAGAUGGACGCGGGGAAUGGUGACCAAACCAAUAUAGAUAAGAAACCAGUGUGCAAAUAUGGGGCCAAUUGCUACAGAAAAAAUAAGGAUCACUUGGAUAAGUACAAACAUCCAUCAAAGAGACUUCAACAUGAUGCCAGUUCUCCAGAUCCAAAGAGAGUUUGCCAUGGCGAUUCUCCAAAGGAGGCCGAUCUGGUAGCUGGAGCUGCAUCGUCAAUUACGGACCCUGCUCCUGCUCCUGCUGCCUCAUCACACAACAUGUCACCAGAGCCUGAGGCUGUGCCUGCCAGUGAUACAGAAAAUGCCAGGGGAGAGGAAGCUGAUGAAAGCAGACCACUGGAGGAAGAGCAGAACCAGACUGCAGAAGAAGAGGAUGAGUUGGCAAUCCUACCAGAUAGUCCCCUCAGUGACAAGGACAACAUAAAGCAAAAGUUCCUGGUUGACAUGCCAAAGGAUUUCUACAGUUUCCUGAAGUUCUGCAAGUCUCUGAACAAGGAUGCACCUCAGGAUGCUCUCUCAGCUUGUGGCCUGAGACUGGCAGGUCCUUUCCUGCUUCUCCUUGGGCGCAUUAAGCCAAAGAAGCGAACUCAGGAGUUCUACCUCACCUACUGCAGAUACUAUUAUGACCCACCUGAGGUUCAGACCGUGCUGUGUGGGGAUGACGCGAGCGGCUACCACAUCGGCUACUUCCGGGACCAGCCGUCCGAGCUGCCCGUCCAGGUGGUGGCCAACAGCGCCGAGAAGAACGGUACCUUCUCCGUCCUCGGCGACAACCUGUUCGCCGCCGUGCAUAAGCUGGUAUCUACUCAGCUGAGCUCGGCCGAGGGAGCAGAGAAGGACGCGCUCUCCCACCUUCAGAAGGAGCUGAGGAGCUGGGCGGGCCGGUGUUCGUUCACGCUGGACACGCGCACAGCGGCCAUGAAGCAGCGCGACAAACUGGUACUGGGGAAGACCCUGCAGGGCCUGGGCGUGGUCGUGCCCUAUGACAAGGAGCACGACGUCGGCUACCGGAACGUGCCCGAGACGCACGAGACGCUGCGCAAGAUGAUGAAGCGUGUGGUGGAGGCGAAGACUGACGAGCAGAAGGACGCCGCCCUGGACAAGCUGCAGGAGGUGAUACAGGACGUGCAGUUCGCCAACGACGAGGGAGACCCCGGCAUGGGACUCGAGUUCGGUUUGGACGUGUUCGGUUACGGCGGAGAAGCGCUUUACAACACUGUGCGGCACGUGCUUCUACUGGCCUACGACCUGCUGAACCGACCAGUCUCCGCCCAGAUUCUCAGGGCACAUCUGGCUAACCGGAGGAAGGGACCACCGGAACUGUGAAGUCCGUGAGUCUCACCUGCCUUCUACCAGUGAUCGUUUGCGUACCUGUGCCGAGUAUUGAGUGGCCGCAACAUUUGCCUGCGUGCGAACUACUUUGCCUCAAUUGACGUGUGAUUCUCGUGUUUCCGAUUGUUUUACGAUUUCCUGCCUGGAACUCAAUACAUGUCGAGUAUUUAUAA